CCCGUCGCUGCAAACAGAGUAUAAACACAACAAAAAAACCCCUUGGUUAUGGUCCACUUGCACUGUGGUGGGCGGCUGCACUCUGCCACAAGGCAGCACGCACAUCGCCACCUAUUGCAGCAAUGGCAGUUAUUUCUUCUUAACGAACUCGAAAACCAGUCUUUUAUCUCACGCCCUGCGGUGGCCACAACAACAACAACAACACGACGAACGUUUUCAACAUGUUCCUGUCGAGGUAAACAAAAGAAAGUCAUUUGAUUUCGACGCGUCAAAAUAUUAAUGCAAGCAAUGUAACUGCUGGUAUAUAUAGCCGACAGUAGAGUACUAUCGCAACAGCAACAACUGCAACUCGAGACAGCGUUUAGCAAUGUCGAACGCUACCACCACCACAGCAAUAACGGUCAACGAACGACAAUCGACAAAAAGACCAGUCAUCGACGUAUUCCACCUCACAUUAGUGCAAAGUUUGAUUCCCACAUUCUGCCGCCGCAAUCCAUGUCAACAGCAAUCACGAUCCGGUCACAUUUGGAAAAUGGUGACAGGGUCAGGGCAUUAGAGGCGUUUGAAGCGAUCGCCCAUUUACCGCGUGAACAUGGCGUUCCUCGCGCAAUAGCACAACAACUGCUUGCGUGUCUGCGGGCAGACAUUCGUUCUGAAGGCAGUAGUAGUAGUGGUAACAACAACAACAACAGCAGCAGCAGCAGCAAAAACACCGGUUCAUCUUCGAAUAUGACGACGACUGGAACGACUACGACACAUUCAUACUACAAGGCACAACAACUCCAGCGACGGUACCAUCGACAAUUAGAACUCUUGCUGACCCAUGUGCAACCGCUGGGCUAUUUUUGGGACGAAAACGAAUUUCGAGUGAUUCUGGAACUGUUUGAUCGGAUGGAUCUCGUCGAACGGGCCGAGGUCAUAUUCCGUAACAGAGAUAUGUAUUGCAAUCAGCCGAUUACUAUGUAUACUUACAACAAGCUUGCAGCAGCAUACCUGCGGCGGAUUAAGAGUGCUGUGGAUGGACGCGAACGGAUGCGAUAUAUGGACAAGUUGAGCAGCCUCAUCAGGUCAGCCUCGACCAAGCAUGGUUUGAAGCCAGACGUGAUCACGUUCAAUCUGUUGUUGGCCGCACGCGCUCGGACGACGCCAAGCUGGAAGACUCUGGAGGCAACUUUUCAAGAGAUGGAAAAACAAGGCGUCAAACCCAACGAUCGAACACUCAAUAUUGCACUGGAUAUUUAUGGCAAGUUGGAUUUGCGGGGUAAUGUUGAACAGAUGUUGUCGACGAUUUUGAAAUCGCUCGGCAAGUCGAGACAGAGUCCGGAUGUCGUGACGUAUGGUACGACGAUACGGAAUGCAGUGCUCGGUCGCGACAUGCACACAGCUGAAAAGAUAUUCAAGGCCAUGGUGGAAAAGGGCGUGGCUCCAAACGAGUAUGUGUUUGCACAUCUGGUGGUUGGAUACGUUCAAUUGGGCGAUAUGGAAAGAGCACAUGCAGUCAUUCGACUCAUGCGGGCGUCACCAUUCGAUCUGCGACCCACCGCCCAUGUCUUUGCACCACUUAUUCAAGGCUAUGCAAAGUCUUUUGAAUACGACAAGGCGUACAACAUUUUCAGCGAAAUGGUUGACCAAGGGAUACCCGCUAAUCUAACAACCUAUACCAUCCUUGCCACCAUGUUUGUUGACUCGCCGAUAUAUGAAAACCCUCUUCAAGCCAUCAAUGUCUUGCGCGGACUCUCCAAACUGUCGGAUGCCGAGGUGUUGGACCAGGCUGCGCUCACCGUACUCAUUGAAGCCCAUGGUCUAGCGGGUACCAGGGAUUUGGAUGCUAGCAGCAGCAGCAUCAGUAGUAGUAACCAUGAUGAGGGUGAUGAUAAAACAUGGCAUCGCCGCGAAGGUUCAUCGCCAUCUCGACGCGAUAUACAUGCUAAGGCCGCCCAAGAAUGCUACGACACAAUUGUACGACACUACAACAAACCAGACCAUCUGGCACGCACUGCGUUAUUGACUGCAUAUGCCCGACUCGGUUUACCCGACAAAGCAUGGGAAUUCUGGCAAGAAAUCAAGGAGACAGACACGACAGUGACCACAAUCCAUUACAAUGCACUUUUUAUGGGACUCGUUGGCUUUGGCCGCUGGUUACCGACGGUGAAAAGGACCUUUGACGAAAUGACAAGCCAGUACGUAAGGAGCGAUGGAUCCCCCAUAGCCUGCCCCGACGUAGCUACAUAUGAUCUAUUAAUACAGGGGGCAUUUAUGGCCGGUGAUUUGGAUUGGAUACGUGCCUUGUGGAAGUUGCCUUAUCGACCACGGCUACAAGAGACCGAUCCCUCGCCCGACUCUGCAAGACUGCUCGUCCGCACUUACUAUUAUGCAUUGUAUGCUAUGCUGUCAGCAGAAGACGCCAGUGGUGGUCGGGAGAUUUACCAGGAGUACAAGAAUUUGCCACUCGCCCCGGCAUCGGCUACUAUCUGGAGUCAUCGAAUCCAUAAACUUGCCCUUCUACGGUUUCAUCCGUUAGAUAAACCUGCCCCUUUGUAAAUAGCAUCUCUUUUCUUCACCGUCUUUUUUUUCGCACAGUAAAGCACCUUUAAUUCCUCUUAACCCCGUUGUCAUUUUGUUUUCUGUUCUAUCACGCAAACCAGCACUAAACAAUCCACACAUCCAUAUUACACGUAUACGUUACACGCACGUAGAUAAAACCAUAACAAACUCAAAUCUAUUCUAAAAACAAGUACUGGCUAACACAGGAACGGAAAGAGCAUAUUCGUUUAAGCUGGCUCGUGCAGAAUCUCUUGUCAAUAUAGAAUUUCAGUUGAGAGCGCUUUCACUUGUAUGGGGGUACUGCAGUGGAGAAGUACUUAUUUG